AUGACUCUGCCUCCGGAGAUCCAUUUGAUGAUUUCCAAACAGCUCAUCUACCCCGACGCGCUGUCGCUCAAGUUUGUGAACCGCCACUUUUACCACCUCGUCGACACGGGCGUCCGCCUCAAGGUUGACUGGCUUGUCGAGCGCCGGCGCUUGCACCUAGAGUGCCCGAACAACCGCCGCUGCGACCUAGGCAGUGACCUUCGCUUCUGCCGCGGGAGUGUCAGCCUUCUCAUGCAGCGACGCAGAGAGCACAUCGAGUGCGAGUCGCGCCCCGGCCUGGGAUGCCUUAUUUACGGCACCAGAACUUGUGCCCACGCCCGCCAGCUUCGAACCCGCAUCAAGCGAUGGAUGCACAAUCAGCGCAACCAGUACACGGCCGAGACGGGCUGGACCCUGCUGGGCCUGCACGCCAUCAUCAUCAUUCUCGCCCUGCUUGUUCUGUGGUGGCGCGACGGGCGCAAGAGUCUCUUGCCUAGCUCCGCCUAG